AAUUGCGGUAUAAACACGCUGUCAAACUACUAAAAACAGAGGAUUGUGCAGUAACACUCAUUGUGUCAAUAUAACUGUGUAAACAUAUUAGUUUAUUAAAACCAAAAUGGUAUAAAAAAUGUAUUGAAUGAUGACGGAAAAGCACCGAUACAUAACGUUACCUAUACAUCUGUAAUUUUAAGUAGUUUUAUGUGUAGCCUAUCUGACAACAAUCUUAUUCUCACCCUUUCUCACCUUGGAUCUAUGUUAGCCACGCCCACUUCGGUUCAUUAAAAUCGAAACUGAGCUCUACUUCCUGCUUAGUCAGGGCGUGACUAAUGAUCUAAGGAGUCGAUUUCUUUCUGUCGUUUUUAAAAAUUCACCGAUAUUGAGCUACUGCAUGUGUGUGUGUGCGGUAAAAUGGCAGAAGCCAGUGUUUCUUUAGCUCAGGAUCAGUUUAUCUGUUCAAUCUGUCUGGGUCUCCUGAAGGGUCCAGUGACUAUCCCCUGUGGACACAGUUACUGUAUGAGCUGUAUCACAGACUGCUGGGAUCAGGAUGAUCAGAAGAGAGUCUACAGCUGCCCUCAGUGCAGACAGACCUUCAGUCCAAGACCUGUUUUAGGUAAAAACACCAUGCUGGCUGAAGUGGUGGAGAAACUGAAGAACACUCAACUACAAGCUGCUCGUCCUGAUCACUGUUAUGCUGGACCUGGAGAUGUGGAGUGUGACGUCUGUACUGAGAGAAAACAGAAAGCCGUCAAGUCCUGUCUGGUGUGUCUGAACUCUUACUGUCAAACUCAUUUUGAACGUCAUGAAGAACUUCAGUCAGGAAAGCGACACAAAGUGACUGAUGCCACAGGACGACUUCAGCAGAUGAUCUGCCCUCAACAUGAGAAACUUUUAGAGAUUUACUGCCGUAGUGAUCAGCGCUGUAUAUGUUAUCUGUGUAUGGUGGAUGAACACAAAAAACACGAUACUGUAUCAGCUGCAGCAGAGAGGACUGAGAAACAGAAACAACUAAAGAAGACACAGAGUAUAUACCAGCAGAGAGUGCAGGAGAAACAGAAGAAGCUUCAGGAGUUGAGAGAGGCUGUGAAGACUCAUAAGUGCUCUGCUCAGGCAGCAGUGGAGGACACUGAGAGGAUCUUUACUGAACUGAUCCGCUCCAUUGAGAGAAGUCGCUCUGAGGUGAUAAAGCUGAUCAGAGAUCAGGAAAAGGCUGCAGUGAGUCGAGCUGAAGAACCCUUGAAGCGUCUGGAGCAGGAGAUUGAUGAUCUGAGGAGGAGACAUGAUGAGCUGGAGCAGCUUUCACACACAGAUGAUCACAUCCAUUUCCUCCAGAGUUUCCAGUCUGUCUGUGUUUCUCCUGGAUCUACAGACUCAUUCAGUAUCACUGUCAGUCCUCACCUCUCUUUUAAUAAUGUAGGGAAGCAUGUGUCCCAUCUGAGAGAGAAACUGGAGAAUUUUUGCAGAGAGGAGACAAAAAAUAUAUUUGACAGAGUAAUGUGUACUGAGAUUAUUCCCACCCCUAAACCCUUGACCAGGGACCAGUUCCUACGAUAUUAUCGCCAGUUCACUCUGGAUCCAAACACAAUGCAUAAACGUCUGUCUGAGAGGGGCAGAGUGAUUACUUACACUGCACUGCAGCCGUAUCCUGAUCAUCCAGAAAGAUUUGAUAGUUUUUAUCAGGUGUUGUGUAGAGAGAGUGUGUGUGGACGCUGUUACUGGGAGGUCGAGUGGAGUGAUGAGGUGCGUAUAUCAGUGUCAUAUAAGAGCAUCAGCAGGAAGGGACGGGGUGAGAGUGUGUUUGGAUAUAAUGAUCAGUCCUGGAGUUUGUGCUGCUCUGACUUCAGUUAUUCAUUCUGGCACAGAAAAAAAGAGACUGAACUGCCUUUAGUGUACAGAUCUUGUAGAAUAGGAGUGUAUGUGGAUCACAGUGCAGGAACUCUGUCCUUCUACAGCGUCUCUGACAAAAUGACCCUCAUCCACAGAGUCCACACCACAUUCACUCAACCUCUCUAUCCUGGGUUUGAAGUGCGUAAAGGAUCAAAAAUAAAACUAUGUGAUGUAGCAUAA